AUGUGUUUGCUUUUCUUUACAUUAUGCUGUCUCCUACUCUUGUACUACAUGAAACAAGCACAUUUCACAACAUUUGGAGAAGAGGUCAGAUUUGAUGAAAACAGUGAUCCAAUUGCAUCCUAUGACCUCAUGAAUUGGCAAAAACGGUCUGAUGGCUCCCUUCAGCUAGUGAGAGUGGGAUUCUAUGAUACCUCCCUCGAAGAUGACAAAGACCUAGUAAUAAAUGAUCCAAAAGUCCUUGCCUAUUCAUUGUGCAGUCAAAGCUGUCUUCCAGGCUCCAGGAAAGCCAGGCAAAAAGGAAAGCCAGUUUGCUGCUUUGACUGUAUACCAUGUGCUGAAGGAGAGAUCAGUAAUCAAACAGACUCAAUUGACUGCCUGACAUGUUCAAGGGAAACAUGGCCAAACCAAGCCCAAGACCAGUGUAUUCCUAAAACUUUAGAGUUUUUGUCCUUUCAGGAGCCCUUGGGAAUAAUUCUGUGGGCGUUUUCAGCAUUUGGGGCCUGUGCAGCAUUAGCAGUGAUUGGUGUGUUUAUAAUGUACAGGAAGACACCAGUUAUACGAGGAAACAAUAUAGAGUUAAGUUUCCUUCUCCUUCUGUUCCUUUGUGCAUGCUUUCUGAUUAGCUUAACAUUUAUAGGGAAGCCAACUGACUGGUUAUGUCAGAUUCGGUAUCCAGCCUUUGGAAUAAGCUUUACUCUCUGUAUUUCAUGCAUCUUGGCAAAAACUGUAGUAGUUUUAAUGGCUUUCAGAGCCACCCUCCCUGGCAGUAAUAUCAUGAAGUGGUUUGGCCCUGCUAAACAAAGAUCAAGUGUAAUCUUGUGUACUUUUGUGCAAGCACUUAUUUGCAUCACAUGGUUAACAACAAAGCCUCCUGUUGCUUCAUACAACACCAAGUUCUUGAGUGCAACUAUAACUGUUGAAUGUGCUGUUGGAUCUGAAACUGGAUUUUGGUGUGUGCUAGGAUAUAUUGGCUUCUUAGCUUCUUUGUGCUUCUUAUUAGCAUUUUUGGCCAGAAAAUUACCAGACAACUUUAAUGAAGCUAAAUUCAUCACAUUCAGCAUGCUUAUAUUUUUUGCUGUGUGGAUAACCUUCAUUCCAGUUUAUGUGAGCUCUCGUGGAAAAUAUAUGGUUGCUGUCCAUGUCUUUGCUAUUCUAGCUUCUGCAUUUGGUCUCUUGCUUUGUAUAUUUGCUCCUAAAUGUUAUAUUGUAUUAAUGAAACCCGAGAGAAAUGACAAAAAGCAUAUGAUGAAAAAAUAG